CCGCGUGAGACGAGUAAAAGAAAUCCAAAGCGAAGAAGGAGGAGGAGAGGGAUCUCGAGCACCCAAUAAUCUACGGGCCCCAAGUAUUCUGAAGUUCUAGCAGCGCCGGAACCGUUAUGCCUUCUUCAUUGUGUGAACCCCUUUUAAAUUCUUCAAUCAAUUUCGAAUAUCAAAAAGAAGAUGAUUGGAUUACGAGUGGAAAACUGGGUUCGCGCGAGGCAGUUUUGGUCUUCAGAACGAAUAUUCUUAAUCCGAAGAUCCGGAAGACGUUGUCCGAGAAGUCCUCUGCACAAGCGCUAUCGGAGACCAAAGACAACGAAGAGGAGCCCGUUCUAUGCCAAAAGAAAGUGGAGCCAAAAGUAUCCGAAUCCUCAGAACCCAGUAGCAAGGAAACUCUAAGCGGAUCGACGCAGCAAAAGAUUUAUUUAUUGAAAAAACCGCAACAAUGUGAUAAAUUGGAUAAAUUAACUUUUACUAGCCCUUUUAAAAAGACACUUAAUCAAUAUUCCUCGAGUGAUACGUCCAUUUCUAGUGAAGGUGAAGAGCCAGCGCGUUGUAGUGAAAGCAAAUCGCGUGUACUUAAAGCCAGUCAGAACGCCAUUAAUAUUAAACUAGCCGAAGAUAUAUCGAAGGAGAGUGGAUAUGAGUCCACGACACCUGCCAAAUCAACUUCCAAUACCCAAGUAAGUGAGGAAGAUCCGGAGGCGACAAGUGAAGACGACGACGAAUAUGGUAUUAACAUGCCUGCCUUUAAACUUAAAAUCACCUACAAAUUUCAUCAAACGGAAACCAAGUUGCUGAGAAAGCUCUUCAAUGUCCAUGGCCUUACAGAAAUUCAGGGUGAAAACAAUAACUUUAACUUGCUCUGGACCGGUGUUCAUAUGAAAUUAGAUAUUGUUAGAAAUCUGGCGCCUUAUCAAAGAGUUAAUCAUUUCCCAAGAUCCUACGAGUUGACCCGAAAGGACAGACUCUACAAAAACAUUGAACGCAUGCAACACCUGCGGGGCAUGAAACAUUUCGAUAUUGUGCCACAAACCUUUGUUCUGCCAAUAGAAUCCCGAGAUUUAGCAAUAGCCCAUAACAAGCAUCGCGGACCAUGGAUAGUAAAACCUGCGGCAUCUAGUCGAGGUCGGGGAAUAUUUAUAGUGAAUUCGCCCGAUCAAAUUCCACAGGACGAGCAGGCGGUAGUAUCGAAAUACAUCGUCGAUCCGUUGUGCAUUGAUGGUCACAAAUGUGAUCUGAGGGUAUACGUGCUAGUGACAUCCUUCGAUCCCCUUAUUAUCUACCUAUUUGAAGAGGGCAUCGUGCGGUUGGCCACUGUUAAGUACGACAGGCAUGCGGAUAACCUGUGGAACCCAUGCAUGCACCUCUGCAACUACAGCAUCAACAAGUAUCAUUCUGAUUACAUAAGGAGCUCCGAUGCUCAGGAUGAGGAUGUGGGCCAUAAGUGGACGUUGUCGGCGCUUUUGCGGCACCUGAAACUCCAGAGUUGUGAUACACGGCAACUAAUGCUGAACAUAGAAGAUUUAAUUAUUAAGGCGGUGCUAGCCUGUGCUCAAUCCAUUAUUUCGGCCUGCCGAAUGUUCGUUCCCAAUGGGAACAACUGCUUUGAGCUCUAUGGAUUUGAUAUUUUAAUUGAUAAUGCCCUGAAGCCAUGGCUACUCGAAAUCAAUCUAUCCCCGUCCAUGGGCGUGGACAGUCCCUUGGACACCAAGGUGAAGUCAUGCCUAAUGGCCGACCUACUGACUUGCGUGGGCAUUCCAGCCUACAGCCCCGAAAUGAGAUCUCAUUACGACCAGAAGUGGUCGCGAUUCCGCAGUUCAAGCUGCCAACGACAGGCAACAUUCCCCAGUGCCUCGCAAAAGGUUAAGAAGUCUAAGAAGAAGGGGGCUGCGAUUCCAAUUAAUCUUACCGGCGAAGAGCAGCGCAUAUUGCGUAACGCACGCCUACAGUAUUCCCGUCGGGGAGGAUUCGUGCGCAUCUUUCCCACGGACGACUCCAUGCAGCGGUAUGGUAACUUCCUAGACUCGGCUAAUGGCAUUCCGAUCUCCACACCGACUGUGCAAAGUCAGACAUUCCAAACGCCGAUUUUGCAGCACAACUACAACCAGAUGCUUCACCAAAAUUUAUACUCCAAGGAUGGCCGGCACAAGCUGGAGGACAAUUCGGAAGCCGACCGCAUUUGGCAAUACGAAAGGGCCCUGGAAACCGAUUCGGAAAUUCCCUUUGUCAAGAAGCCCACAGUGGAGAAGUGCGAGGAGGAGGGUCGCAGAUUGCGCAAGGUGAUGCUUAAGAAGAUCUCCAAUGGAUCCGAGCUGACGCCGUUUCAAGCACGACAGACUUUCAGUUUGUAUCUGGAAUCGGUGCUGCGGAGACUGACAGAAGAUCCGAAGGACAUCCACGAGAAAAUCAUACUUAAGUUCUUGAACAAAUUCGGGGGCUCCGUGAAGCCGCCAGUCCUGUUCCGGAAUAUGCAAAACAUAAAGGUGGCCAGCAAGGCUCGAUCGGCAAUGGUGGCCAAGCUGCUGGGCGACUUCCUCGAGAACUACAAACGUGACACCGAGGCCUACGUGGACUCGUUCGAUCACUUUGGCAUGAUACCAUCCAGCGCCUACAACCAGUUCUUGAUGCACGCCCAGGAGUCCGACUUGGAGGCGGUGCUGACGCUCCACACCAAUGUCACCGGGAUAAUGCCCUUCCUGUACAACCGCUGCGGUCUGUCGGUGCCACCGACGCCCCCGAUUCCGUCUGGCCUGCACGGCUUCCUGCGAGCCCUGCCCUCCAUGGUGACCUCCUCCGGAACGGCCAGGGAACUCAGCAAAUACGACGGCUACUUCAGAAGUUACGACAAAGAGAAGAUAUUUCUAUGAGACCCCAGUGCGCCGGAAAAUUUAAAAUUUUAAUAGCUAAUUUGUCAAGCUUUUGUCCAGUCAUCCUAUGGUAGUACGUCUAAUUAUUUUUGUAUUCAAAUUUUCGCAUAAGGCAGAGGCUUAAACAAAUAAAAUAUUAUCGAAGAACAACGAUUACUCAAAUGUAAUUUUUGAAACGCUUUAUUAAAAAUGAAAUAGCUUUUAUAUAUUUAAAAACCAGGUCAAAUUUUUCUGCCUACACAACUCAUAGCUUUAAAAAAUAUAAUAUACUUUCUACGCCAAAGAUAUAUGAAACCGAUACUUCGAAAAUAAAUGUGACAUGCACAAAACUAA